AUGGUAGACACCACUCUGGUCCACGAAAUGAAAGUCGCCAUCUACAUGCCUCGCUCGUCAGGGAGCGAUCAUGAUAGGUUGAACAUUACUUCGUAAUCAACAUCGCAUUCGGGAGCAACAAGACUUUAGCAUCUUACCUACAGUACCUACUUAUCCUACUCGCCUACCUAUGAAAGCUUCGGGCUGGAUUACAGGGCUCCCAAAAUUGGGAGUAUCUGGGGAUUUUCUAUUACUACCGUAGGUACAUGCUAUAUAAAGUACUUAGGUACCUAUCUGUUACAUGUAAUCUGUCCAUUCACCUGCCGGGAUUAGCGUCUGCGCCCUCAAAUGGACCAUAAAUAACCUCGACCAAUCUUUUCAAUCCGACUUUUCAAAUUCUUAGCCCCCGGGGGGUUGGAAAGAGAGGGUGUCGUAAUGCCACCAAUAAUACUGACACCGUCGGCAGCAGCAGGGGCCAUAGCCUCCUCGAUAAUAAGGACGGGCAUAGGUGCUGCGUGCCGGUCGACGCAGUCCUUGCAAGCUCCCGUUGCUGCUGCCGCCGCCAGCUUCUCUACAACGGCGAGCCGGCCAAAGUUUAGCAAGGGCCGCCGUAUGUUCAGAGAAUGGGAGAGGCGCCAAGGACGUUAUUUCCGCAGACACAGAGGCAAUGAGCCCGUUUACUUGUCGAGUCGGAACGACCAGGUUUCGGACGUGCCGUUUCCACUGAACCCAGAAUUCAAGAGCGUCAAAGUCCUCGACGAGAGGGCGCGUGAACUAGUAUGGGAGAAAGUCAUGCGCGAGGGCGAGACCAUCAAGGCCGUGUCCGCAGAGUUGGGUAUUGACAUCCGCAGAGUCGCCGCCAUCGUGCGGUUAAAGGAGGUCGAGAAGGAUUGGAUAGCCAAGGAUAAACCGCUCGCAACGCCCUACUCAAAGGCUGUGUUGUCGAUGCUUCCCACGCAUUACAUUCAACCCAAUCAACAGAACGCCCCUUAUGAGCCUAUCAACGAGAUUCACGUUCAUCCUUACACAAUGCAGCAGCUCUUCUGGCCGACUUCCGAGUCGCGACACUUCACACGAGAAGACGCUGCCGAGGCCUUCCACCCCACACUGCUGUCCGCGGACAAGCGAGUGCCACAUCCCGAACUAAUCCAAAUGGAGAGGGAAGUUGAGCAGGGUCGACCCCUCUGGGACGCGUCUGAGCGCUUCAAGGAGGCCGUCAUGGAAACUGAGCGCAAGGCCGCCGAGAAGCAGAUAGCCAAGGCCGCUUAUGAGGAGAAGAAGACCACCCGUGUCAACACGGAGCGCUUCGAAUUCCGGUUCAAGCAGUUCAACUCGGAGAACGUUGGUCCGAAGGGUAGAUCCCGCAACGUUGUUGGUUGGCGGUACGGUACACCGUAUGACGAUAGGUCCAAGGGCCACCAGAUCAAGAUCCCUACUUCAGUACCAUGAUCCGAUGUUUUAUCAGCGGCGCUGGAGGUGGGCCUAUGUUUGUUGUAUCAACAGUGUAUUAUGAUGAUGCUCGGACAAACAAUGUCCAGGAUGGAGCAAGCGUUCAGGCAUUACUGUCUUGACAUGUGGAAGCAGACGCCCAAGCCGCACCAUGGCGCUUAAGUCGCGCAUAACGAAUUCAACUGGUAAUCGCUGU